UUGCGUCAUCACCGAGCGUCCGGGCCGACUGUGUUGCUCGGAGAGCGGCUGACGUUAGGAAGGAGUAUGCUGAGCCGGCUUCAGGAGCUGCGCAAGGAGGAGGAGACGUUGCUUCGGUUGAAGGCAGCGCUGCACGAUCAGCUGAACCGGCUCAAGGUUGAAGAGUUGGCCCUUCAGUCAAUGAUUAGUUCUAGAAGAGGGGAUGAGAUGUCUUCUCAACUUGCUCCUGAACCAUCACAAGAUAUGUUGGUGCAUGUAGACAAUGAAGCAUCAAUCAACCAAACUGCACUUGAAUUGAGCACACGGAGCCAUGCUCUAGAAGAGGAGGAGGAGGAAGAGGAAGAAUCAGAUUCCUGAAAGGGUGGAAAAGCCAGGGUUUGUUAGACAAAUUAAAUUUCUAAGUCUUACAAACUUUCCCUCUCCAAAGAAAUCUUCCUGGCAUGGACCCUAAGGCCUACUUGAAAGGGAAGCAAGAACUCUUAUAGAAGGAUAUCUAGUUGUAAAAAUGACUCUAUGAAUACCUCAAGCUUUAAAAUGUUUUAAAAAUUGGUGAUAUGCAGAAAAUCAAAGAUGCAGUGACUUAGCAUUGAGCAAUUAGGGGUGGUGCUGUGUCUGUAAUCUAGUCACUUAGUAAUUGUAAUCAAAACAGACAAAACUUCCUCUGAAAUACUAUUGAGAAAGUCUGGCAUUUGCAAAAAGGGCAGAGUUUAAAUACAAGUCAACCUUUCCAUCCAACAAUGCCUCUUUUAAGAAAUCCAUUAAAGACGGUUUGCAUGCCUUUGAAAACUUGUGAACACAGCAAAGCCACAGUCUAGGAGAGAGAAAGCUGACACGCAGGGCAGAGGACAGAGGGUCACUUGAGAGUACAAGCUGUUGCUGGCCUCAGUGGCAUUGCAAUACGGUGCCCAUUAUAGUCUGCUUUGUGUAGUUGUCAUCACAUCUAGCUUGAGAUAGUGUAGUGAAAUGUGCUUGGAAAUAAAUUAUAGUUAAAAACUGGUCAUGGAGCUAGCUGGUUUCCAGAUACCAACAGAGAAAAGGAUCAGUUCCUCCUCUGGUGAAAAAAUACAAGGGGAUGGUUUAAAACCCAUUUCUGGCUUUAGAAAGGAAAUAUGUCAUUAAGAAAUUGCUUUGCUUGGGAGAUUUGACUUUUAUAAUAAAGAGAUGACAGCUACAGAA